UGCUUGACGCAGUUGGGAUGUCUCAUGGCAGAGCAGCAGCCAGUCCUGAAAGUAAAAGCAGUCGUAAAACUUCGCGAAGCUCUUUGGCUACCGUGUAACUCGCAUCUUCCCUCUCGACGUCGUUAAUGCUAGAUAACAACCAGUUGACAGACAUGGUGGAAAGUGGUGGAAAGAGCUAUUUGUGUUAUUCCGUUGCUACAACUUUGCUCAGCCCAACAGCCGUUCAGCCGCGACCACACCCUCCCUGCUUCCUCAUAGUACUGUAGCGGGAGCGCGCAGCACGACUUUGAAUCUCUGGGAAUAACGGCCACUUCUUCCAGCUACGUUUACGGUUCCGUUACCGUGGGACCUGCUAAAAGAAGUGAGUUUAAUGUUCAAACACCACCUACUGGUAUGGAUAUGAGAAGCGACUCCCCCACGGAGGAUAUGCGGGGCUACACACUCUCUGGUCCCGAGUUAAGACGCUGAGGAGGUGGAGGGCGGACAGACGGACGAUGCAUAUGGAGUCGAAGCGACCGGAGCAACUGCUAGCUUCUAACCCAGGGCUCUGUUUGAAGAAGAAGAGGUUGAAAGUGGAUUGAGGGGUUCGUGUUUUUGGACAGUCGGCCUUUCGGUGGAUAUUACUUGGAAGGACUCAUGAAAUGAUGGUGCUGGAGGGAAACACAAGUCUUCCCGCUAUCCAGAAGAGCUGCCCGGGUGUUGCCCCGUUUGUAUCCAGCAUGAGUACGCCAGGCCGGUCAAGCUCAUUGGGAACAACUCGGACAAGAUCUCGGUGCUGUGUCAGACUACUUGCUCCGAUGCGAGUGGACACAAAAUGAUAUCCUAUUGAUUACAGUCAAAAAAAGACUCAAAAGGCAUCUAGUAAAUGUUGAAGAUGUUUUCUUGGCUGCAGUCUUAAAAGAAAAGGCAUCUAACGUUACAGAAAUAGCACAGAGGCAAUUCAAUAGAUGUAAUUCCAAUUGGGAAUGUGUUCUUGUUUGAAAAGAUAAGGAGCUUUGACAUUACUUUCACAGCCUAAUUCUCAAUCUGCACUUUGCCUUUACAGAAGGCACCUUGGUGGCACUGCAGCUUGUGUGUGAUUUAUUUUUUGAUUCAGAAAUCUGUGAAUCUGUUCCACAAAAACCUGGGACUAUAACAAGAAUAUUGACUUUUAGUAAGAAUGGAUUAUGUUGUUCAGGGCAUUUAAAUUCAAUUUAAUUCAUUUAAAGUUAAGAGCAUAUAAUUUAACACUGAUUACUGAGGUUGUGGGGAAUUUGAUCAACUGUGUUACAUGGUAAAAUUACUAAUAACCAAGGCAGAUAACUGAGAAUAUGCCAGACCAUAGUCUGUUCCUGUAUUAUAAUAUACUAUAGAGACACAUUCAUUAACGAUGGAGAUGUUAUUCAAACAUAAGUGAAUGCAGUAAUUAAGUUUUGCUUUCUUCUACAUGUUUACAUUGAGAAUACAUGUCCUGUGUGUCGACAUAUAAUGUACAGUUGAUUAUCUAUACUCUGAAGGAAUUUAAGGAAGACUGUUUGGCCAGUUGUUAUUUAAAGGAGUUUGUAAAAAACAAUGAGGUGAGGCUUAUCUUGGAAAUGUCUUAAACAAUACAAUGCAGUGUGCAGCAGCAUAAAACUAUAAAUAACCAAACCCCUCCAGAAGAGCAGUUUGACUACCACCCCCACCUCUCCACACACACACACGCACGCACCCCCCCCCCCACACACACACACUCCCCUCCUUAUUAUGGCUAGUGGUGGUUCUGGCAAAUCGGCGAGUGAGGGAUCAACCAGCAUACCCAGUGGCAGUUUGCAGCAGAGAAAGCGUCUCUCCUCCAUCUGUGACACAUGUAAGGGAAAGAUGCAGCUGGUGGCUGACCUCCUCUUGCUGUCCAGUGAGACCAGGCCGGUCAUGACCUCUGAAGGCGUGGCAGUGGCUGACACCUUUGACCAGUGCCGUGACACGGUCAUCGCCAGGACUAAAGAACUCUCCAUUCUCACCCACGACAUCCAGAGCCAGCUCAACAUGGGCCGCUACAUCGAGGUGGGGGACCGCCUUUUGGAGAUGGCUGACCUUGUGGUGUCAUUGACUGAGUGCUCAGCCCACGCCGCUUACCUGGCGGCCGUGGAGACCCCUGGCUCUCAACCCUGCCUGCCAGGUCUGGUGGACCGAUACAAGGUAACCCGCUGCCGGCACGAGGUGGAACAGAGCUGUGGUGUCCUCCGUAUCACACCCCUACCAGACCUCACCCCCCAGCUCCUCCUCGAGCUCUCUCAAAACAUCUCCACCAACCUCAAGACUCUGACGGACAUCUCGUCGCUGGCCAGUGAGAGGUCCAGGGACCGCUUUGCAAAAGAACAGUUCAAACUGAGCGUGAAGAGCAUGAGCACGAGCGGCACAGCCUUCCUGGCGUGUGUCAAAGAGGUGAAAACCCAGCCCAGUGAGCUAACCAGAAACCGCUGCGUCCUUUUCAGUGCCGCCCUGGUCCAGGCUGUGAGCGCUCUGGUCGGGUUCGCCACAGAGCCCCAGUUCCUGGGAAGAGCUGCGAGUAUCUCCACUGAAGGGAAGGGGGUACAGACUGCAGUGUUAGGGGGGGCCAUGAGUGUGGUAUCAGCCUGUGUCCUCCUCACUCAGGGCCUCAGGGACGUUGCCCAGCAUCCCGAGAGCAGCUCCAAAAUGGCAGACUACCGGGAGCGUCUGCGUAACUCGGCGUGCGCUGUGUCUGACGGCUGCACGCUGCUCACUCAGGCACUCAGAGAACGCUCCUCUCCAAGAACUCUGCCGCCAGUCAACUCUCAUUCUGUGAAUUAGUUUAGGAAGAGGCAACAUGAUCUCCAGUUCCCCUCUGUCCUAUUCUGACAUACCAAAGAGACUCACUUGGGCUGUCCCUGUUCAUCAGGUUUAGAGUCAGAGUAACAUCAGAAGAAGGCUGUCUGUGGGUCUGUCCAUGUGGUUGAAGUGUGUCAGAACGCAAUGGAGCACAGAAACAACCGCUGCAGGGUUUUGUGUCACGCUGGAUGUGACUCAGAACGUGUUAGAAAUGGACCACUUGCUCUGAAGCCUGACCCAGCCUCACCUGACAGCCUGCUCUCAUCAACAGACGGCAGCCUUCAAACCUGAAAAGUUUACCUCAGUUUUCAGCUUCAGUGAAAACACCAGCCUUGAUGAUGGAUGUAGCCUCGCUGUGUGAACCUAUGGUUGGCUGACCUGCUCAAUUAUAUGUGCUUUGUGAGAUUGGAAAGAGUGAUCUGAGUGUCUCAAUAUUUUUUUUCAACAUGUGUGAAUUCUUAAUUGGUAAAAAGCUGCUGUGAGUGUGUGCCAUAGGUUUUACACUAUUUACCAGACUUUGCAUAGUAUUUUAAAGUGUUUUGAUCAUGCAUGUAAUAGAGUAUUUAUUUCAACUAUUAAAAACGUUGUUUCUGAUA